AAGGAAUAUUGAUACGUAAGAUAGGAACUCAGAACAUUUCAAUUUUAUCAAAUUGCUUGCUAUGCAAUUCCAACAAAAUAGUGCAUACAUACAUAAAUAUCAAAAAAAAAUUUAAUGUUUAAAAAAAUUCAUUAGCUGAUAUAGAGUACGUGUUUCAAUAUUCAUAUUAUAAAUUGUUUUUUAUAAAUGAAUAUAUCAAAAGAAUGGUCCUGUAAUGUUGCAUAUAGAGGGUAUAAAACGACUAAUUAUUGACGAGUUUAUUUGAUAUAUGUACAUAUGUAUAAUAAUACAGUUUCCACAAAUUAAAAUAAAAAAAUUUCAAAAUGAGGAGACGUGGAACUGCAUGCUUGCUCAAGUUUUUAGUAGUCACAUUCAUUGCAAUCACUAUUGGACUAAUUAUAUCUAGUUGGGUUAUAUCAUCAGAAACAUCAAAUAUAGAUAGGGGGAAUAAAUGGAACGAAGAUCAUCUAAUGGAACUGCAUGAAGUUCUGGCUAAUGAAAAAGCUCUUGAUCAAAAUGUAAUUCUAAAUGAUUACGUAGAUAGUAGAAAUCUCCCACUUGCUAUAGUUCAUAAUAUUAAAAGUGCCAAAAAAGCAAAACUCUUACCAAGUUUAGAAGAACAUAACCAAUUGGAAAGAAUAGAUUGGCAUGACAGAAAUUAUAUGGAGGAAGAAAAACUCAAAACUGGAAUAGGAGAACAGGGAAAAUCUGCUAAACUUCCAUUGCAUGAAGCUGAGAAAGGGAAAUUAUUAUUUAGUCAAAAUGGUUUCAAUGGCUUAUUAAGUGAUAAAAUUUCACUGAACAGAUCUUUACCAGAUAUCCGUUUUGAGGGUUGUAACUCAAAGAAAUAUUUGAAGAAUUUGCCUUCAGUCAGUAUUGUUAUUCCAUUUUAUAAUGAACAUUGGAGUACACUACUUCGAUCUGUUUAUAGCUGUCUAAAUCGCUCUCCGUCUCAUUUGAUUAAAGAAAUAAUUUUAGUAGAUGAUUGUAGUGACAAGGAAUUUUUAGGUACACAACUGGAUAAAUUUGUAGAGGAAAAAUUGCCUAAAGUUCGGUUAAUUCAUCUUAAAGAAAGAAGUGGACUUAUUCUCGCCCGUUUAGCUGGAGCAAGGCAAGCAUCAGCUGAUGUUCUCAUAUUUUUAGAUUCACAUAUUGAAGCUAAUUAUAAUUGGUUACCCCCACUAUUAGAACCGAUUGCUUUGAAUCCUAAAACAUGCGUUUGCCCAUUUAUUGACGUAAUAGAUCACACAACUUUUGAAUAUCGGGCACAAGAUGAGGGUGCUAGAGGAGCUUUUGACUGGCAAUUUUUUUAUAAAAGAUUGCCCUUGUUACCUGAAGACUUAAUAGAUCGCAGUAAGCCGUUUAGAAGUCCUGUAAUGGCUGGGGGCUUAUUUGCUAUCGGAAGAGAAUUUUUUUGGGAACUCGGUGGCUACGAUGAAGGCUUGGAUAUUUGGGGUGGAGAACAAUACGAGUUAAGUUUUAAAAUUUGGAUGUGUGGGGGCGAAAUGAUUGAUGCGCCUUGUUCAAGAGUUGGUCACAUAUAUAGAGGCGCAGUACCCUUUAAAAAUCCCAGGACUAAUGAUUAUCUACAUAAAAAUUAUAAACGAGUAGCUGAAGUAUGGAUGGAUGAAUAUGCCAAAUACCUUUAUGACCGCGAUCCUGAACGAUACAACAGAAUAGAUGCUGGAGAUUUAACCAAACAAAAAGCUAUUAGAAGAAAUUUGCAAUGCAAAUCAUUCAAAUGGUUUAUGCAAGAAAUUGCUUUUGAUUUACCUAGAAAAUAUCCACCCAUUGAACCACCAGACUUUGCAUUUGGUGCAAUCCAAAGUUAUUCAAAUCCGAAUUUGUGCCUUGAUACUUUAAGUAGCGGACUCAAUGAAGAAAUUGGUUUGUACCCAUGCGCUCAAAAUUUGACGCAACCUCAUAGUAAUCAAAAUUGGGCCUUAAGUUGGCAUAAAGAUAUACGUGUUCGACAUAAAACUGAAUGUUUAGAUGUUUCACGAAAUACUAAAAAUGCGCCUGUAAUUUUAUAUGCUUGCCAUGGUCAACAAGGAAAUCAGUUAUGGUAUUAUGAAGCAAAGUCAAAGUGGCUUGUGCAAGGUAAAAAUAUGCGAUGUUUAGAAGCUGCACCAAAAGUGCGUAAGGUUUAUGUCAAUGAAUGUAGCGAAUCUAACUCAAACAUGAAAUGGAACAUAGGCUUCGUAAAUAUAACAGCACUUCAAAACUAUGACAAAAACCUCGAUUAUCUAAAAUAAAUUAAGUAUUUUACGACACAACUAAACUAAGUGAUAAAAUUAAUGUUAAACGUUAAAGUUCAUUUUGUUAAAUGAAAUUAGUUUCGCAUCAGCAGAAAUUAUAUUUAAGUAUUAUUUAAUUUUAUAUAUAAUUUUAAUAGUUUUCAAUGUUGUUACAUACACUAGGUAUAUUUCCUUCUCUACUUUGCUUUCUGAUUAAAUUUUUAUCACUUUUAAAAUAUAUUUGCUUUAUUCUAGUCUUUCACAAAGUUAAUAUUAAGAAAAUAUGAUUUAAAAAUAGGUAAAUGUUGUACUUAACCUCAACUUAAUGCAUUUAUUAGUAACGUUCAAAAGUUAAUUUUUUUUUUCUGUGUAAUUAAUUGAAAAGUAUGACUGGUUAAUUUUUGUAUUUAAUAUUUUUUCAACACAAAACUUCAAAAGAGCAACAUAUCACGAAAAAGAUAAUGUGAGAAAAUAAUAAUUUAUUAAAAAUUAUUUGAACUCUUGCUUUCUUAAACAUAAACCUAAAUUCAAUGCGGAAAAUUUGAACAUGUAUACAUUUUUUGAAUUAAAGUUAAAAUAAUAAUAUAUACUUGUAAUUUUGUACUAUUUCUAUUCAAUCAAACAUAUAAACUGUUGUUAAAACUAUAUUUUAUAUUAAUAGGAAUGACUAAUUUGAUAAUUUGAAAUAAUAAUAUUGAUAUUUAUAGUUUAUAAGUUAAGAUGGCUAUUGAAGCAAUAUUUUAAAAUCCUAUACGAACUUAUAAUAAAGAUUUGUUUCUAUAACUCAAAAAUUUGAUGUAGUAUAUUUUUUUAUUCGAAUAUUUAUUAACCAAAAAUAGAUCCCAACUGAGCGUGACUCUGUUGAUUCUGUUUGUUGAUGUCAAUUUCAGGGAUGAAGCAAAACAGCUUUAGACCAGCUUGAAUGUAAUCUGAGCCAGCCGGAGUGUCUGCCGCGUCGCCCUACUGUUCGACAAUAUAUAAAUGCUACGGUUUUUUAUUUUUGACUCUCAGCCACAUUUCUAUUAUAUGUAUCUCAGCUUGAAAAACCGUACAAUAUGGACCCAGAUUCAAAUAUUACGCGUGUCCGGGCCCACAUCCGACCCCAUUCUGGACUCGUCAGCGUACCAUACGCCUUAAAUACCGGGAAACAAAGCCCUCUGAAGCUUCUGC